UCUAUGAAAACAAAUAUGGCGACCUCCAGUAGCGAUGGGAGAAUAGAAGAUUUUUUAAAACCCGAGUAUGAACAGUGCAUGGUAUGUACUGGUUUCCUUGGCAAUAAUUUUGGACAACCUGUGUGUAGCAGUUGCCAUUUAUUUCUCUUCUGUAAUGACAUUAACUUAGAGGAGGGAGAACAGGAAGUUUACAAUGAGAAGGAUGAUUCUGAUGCAGAUUCAGGAAAUGAGGAACCAGUGGAAUCUUUUGAUUUCUACACUAAAGAAGAGGAGUAUAGGGCCAGGAAAAUCAAAUCACUCAAUCAUAAAACAGAUAAAUUAGCUGAGAGAAUUACAUCACUUACUACACCUAGGGAACCAGGCAGUGUACCUGAAGGACUGGUUGAUUCUAUGCCACCAGAAGUACUUUUAGUUGUAUUCAAGUACCUAGAUGACAUAUCUUUAUGGACAGCCGGACAAGUGUGUUCUAGAUGGCGGCAAAUCUUAGAAGGGGAGACAACUGAAUUACAGUGGAGAGAAUUCUGUAAAUUACGAUGGCCAUUAUUUUAUCCACAAUAUAGAGUGAAAGAUUGGAAAACUAUUUAUACUAAACUAUUAGAAAGUUCACCAUGUAGAUAUUGUUUAGAAAGCAUGAUGUUACAGAGUACACCACCAAUAGAGGAGAAUUCUUGGAGACACAGAAGAUUAAGAAGUGAACUAAAAACAUUAAAAUCUGACCCACCUGAAGGUAUAAAAGCCACACCAUUGGAUAGACAUUGUUGUCACUGGCAAGCCUCAAUAACUGGUCCACAGGGUAGUCCAUAUGAAGGAGGACUUUUUCUUUUGUAUUUGCAGAUACCACAGAGUUACCCAAUGAGGCCACCCAAAGUGAGAUUCAUUACACGUAUAUUUCAUCCUAACAUUAGUCGUCAUGGAGAUGUGGGUCUGGACUCUAUCCAUCAUAACUGGAGCUUAGCAUUAACUAUAUCCAAAGUGUUAAUAAGUAUACAAUCAUUGCUAACGGACCCAUAUUGUUAUGUGUGUAUGGAACCUACUAUUGGUAAAUUGUUUAUGAAAGAUAGAAAAGAAUUUAACAGAAUAGCCAGAUUAUGGACAUGGAAAUUUGCUAUGCAUGACUUUUUAAUGCCAAUGAAUAUUGAUCUGAAUGGGGUGUAGUAAUGGGAAGUAGAUGUGCUCCAAAAAAGAGGAUUUCUUUCUGUGAUAUUUUUUUACGUUUAAGCAUAAUACAGUUCAUUACAACUAAAAAUUGUGUGAAAAAUGUUCAUUACUACGUUACCUUGCUUACAUGUUAUAUUUAAUGCUUACACAUAAAAAUAGUGCGUGAACAAGUUAUUUAGACAUCUUUAGUUAUAUUUGUCAUGAUAAAUUGACUAUUGAAUACUGCAAAUAAUGAAUAUCAAGAAAAGUUUUCAAUGAGGCAAAAAAUGUCACAAAUCAUAGUUGAUGUAUCAUGACAUCAUCUUAAUUAUUACUUAUUCAUAUCACAUUAACAUAUUCUGCAUGUUCUGGUCCAGAAAUGCAAUUAAUUUGCCACUUAAGCAGUACCGUUAUCACGACCUCACUUUAGUACAUUUUUAUUGGCUUGUUUUAUGCUUGUAAAAGUAUAAAGCAGUGAUGCCAUUUUGUUAUAAUUAAAAGAGAAGUUAAAUUAUGUGUGGGUAUAUACUAAGUAUUAGUAGCAUCUAUGUUAAAAUGUGUGUAUUGAGAAUCCCUAUAUACAUCAACAUCAUGCAUCAGGGAAGGGGUAAUCGUAAUCUGUAAUCGUAAUCGAUUGUAAUUGAUUAC